UCACGCACUAGCGUCACGGGCCGUGAAGGCUAUCAUCCGACACUCAUCACAUCUCAUGUGGAUCACGAACCGAAUGCACCCUCUCCUCUCGCUCUCUCGCAGGCAGCCCAGGCAUGUUUUUCUUUUUCUUCGAGGCGGUCCUCCAUUCCACGAGCGAGCUCUAAAGUCCCCCCGCGGUCGCCUCGGAGCCCGUUGAACGCCAUUUCAUUCUUCGGGAUAUCGGAUCGCUUCCAAGAUGUCGCUGGCCGCCGUGGCGCUGCCGGUGCUCGCGCUGGCCCUGUCCUCUUGGCCGGUGGAUGCCAAUGAGGACUGCCUAUGGUACGUGGAUAAGAAUGGGACGUGGCAUAACGGCUUCGACUGUCCCAUGAUCACGUCGUGCUGCGGGAACUGCCACCGGCGCUACUGCUGCAUGGACCCCUUCAAGAUGAUCUCCGAACGCGAACAGAAACGAUGCAUGCUCUUCCAGUUCAGUCCCACCACUAUAGCUGGUAUUGCCUCCUCCAUCCUCCUCUUCGUUGCUAUCAUCGCUACCAUGGUCUGCUGCUUCAUGUGCUCCUGUUGCUACCUCUACCAGAGAAGACAACAGAGGGGACGCACGCCAUACGAUGCUCAGCAUAUUCCGAUGGCCAGCUACCCAGUGGAGCCGAUGUACGACGCCUUUGGAAAGCCCAUGGGGGCGGGGCAUCACGAGUAUCCCGUUGGGUAUCCCAUGGCGCCCCACCCCCACUACCACCCGGGCAUGGCCAUGCCCCCCCAACACUACCCCAUCAUGCACCCCGGGCCCUACCCCCCCUACCCCCCACAAGACCCCAACUACAGCCAAGCUCCUCCUCCCUACUCGCCACCUCAAUACCCUGGACAGUGAUGAAGAGGACCUCACACACACACACACAAACACACACACACACACACACACAAACACACACACACACACACACAUACACACACACACUGAUCUACGCACAUGCACACCCAUACCGUAUAACACAUACACAUCAAACACACACACACACACACACACACUGAUCUACUGUACAUUUAUGCACACACAUACAGUAUAACACAAACACACACACGUACAGUAUAAAACAUACAGUUAUGUAUGUACACACAUACACAACAAGCGCACAUGCAAACACACACACACACACACACACACACACACACACACACACACACGGAUCUACACACAUACAUGUAAAGGGAGGCUGUCGGAGUGAUGAAUUGAAUCUGCUGUCCCUCAGCUUUGCUCCUCUAGCGUUAAAGACUCUUCAUUUCAGAUCUUUUUAUUUUCCUUAUUGCUGAUUAUUUCAGUUGAUUUCCUUUACUGCUGAUAAUUUAUUUUUGUUUUGUUUAUCUGAUUCUGAUCAAUGCCAGAUGACGCAUGAACUCAUGAACUGCUCUCAGCUACGGACUACACAUAUCAUGAAAUACACACACACACACGCACACACACACACACACACACACACACACACACACACACACACACACACACACACACACACACACACACACACACACACACAGCUACGGGACAGGUGGACUACACAUCUCUGGACUGGCCUACAUGUCGCAGACACACACACACACACACACACACACACACACACAAACA